GAAAAAACUCAAAAAGUGAAACCCUAAUCCCAUUGAAACAGAGAAAGAGGAAGAUGGUUUUCUUGCCAGAUGAUCUCUGUGCAACAAUAUUAUCGAGACUACCCAUAAAAACCUUCACAAGUUUUAAACUAGUUUGCAAGCAAUGGAACUCAGUUGUUGAGUCUCUGAUUUUCCGCGAUCUUUUCAUAGCUCAACACCAAAACACUCAAUCUUCUUCAUGGUCGCUCAUCAUGGGUGCUGCUAAUAGGACAGAGUUCUUGGCUCACUACAAAUGCAACACUUGGGGACUUCAGCGGUCUCUAGACUCGUACAUCUCGUCUUUCAUUGCAUGCAAGUUCGAGAACCAGAAAGACAAUUACCGACGAGGCAGCGUCGUGGCUUACAGCGAUGCAGGGUUUAUUUUGAUUGAUGUAUCAUCUUACACCGAUGGUGGGUGGAAUUUCGAGAAGCUAUCCUUGUUGGUGGCUAAUCCAGUUUCACAGGAAUGCAUUGAAAUUGAUGCUCCUAAAGCGUUUGAAAAUAGUGGAAUUUUCUUGCCUUUUGGAAUAGCCACACGAACUGAUAACGGCGUCGUUGUAAGUUAUAAAAUUGUUGCGUCUUCAGCUAAGAGCUACACUGAGAAGUUAGAUUUGAUGAUAUAUUCAUCUGAGACAGGUUUGUGGAGCCGCAUAUUUCCUCUCCCUUCUAAGUUUGAGAGGUGUCACUAUACCAUUAGCUUGAACGGGAAUCUUCACUGGCUAUCUCGCAAUAAUGAUGAACUUCUAUCCAUGGAUUUCAACGCCACUACCAAGGCAUCUAGUCCAUUCCGUUACACGGCUUUCCCUGAUUUAGAUAAACAUGUCAAAUUCAGAAGAGCUUGCACAACUUAUCAAGGAAGUCUCAUGUAUAUGAAUAUAGUCUCCCAAGUCAAUGAUGAUCGGAGUGUAGACCAUAAGUUAUGUCUAUGGCGGCUCAAGAGCUGGGAAUGGCAACUCAUAUCUGAAGUCUCUACGUCUUUGACUGAGACCAACUUCGAUUAUAUUCCGUUGAGAAUUAACUCUUUUGAUGCUACAACAGCCUACUUUCUUAGCCAGAAGCACCAAUGUUUGAUAGCUAUUAACUUACGAAACGGUGAGUGUUUGCUCCACAGUGAGUUGGAACGUACCAGCGGUGGGCGCAUUCUGAGUUCUGUUCACUUGCCGCAAGGAUCUUUUUUUCACUCAUUCGUUCUCCCACAAUGGCUGUAUCGGUUACCAAGAUAGAACGGUGAGAAGGGUGUAGACAUUAUUUGAGAGCCUCAAAUCAUUGUUUCCUAAUUUUUUUUUUUUAUUAUUACUCUUACUUCUUUAUUCAAGAAUUUGUAAGAUGGUGCUUGUUUUUAGUGUUUUGUUUGAAGGAAAAAAUAUUGGAAGAAAA